AUGAGACUCGAAGACGAAGUUAUACAAGAUAGUGAGGAUGAGGAGAUGUUUGCCCCGCUGAGAAUACCAGGACCAUCGACUAUGGAAACAGAGGCUCGAGAGGCAGCAAAAGCAUCGAAGGCGCGGCCGAGACCACGACCAGCAUACAAAGGCGCGCUUGCGAAGGUCGCAGCAGCCAGCGAGGCCAACGGCCAAGCGGCUGCACCAGCACCCACUACCCCACCAACCGGAUCCGACGCGACGAGACCGACGAACCCGCAAGACGCCAAUCCCUCAACUUCAUCCACCGUGGUCGAUCCUAAGGCGGCGCCAGCUGCAACUGAGGACCUCGACGAGUUUUCUCUCGACAUCGCCGAGCGAGCGAAGCUGCGCUCUCGCGCGCGCAGCUCGAAGGUCAACGCCAAACAACAACCACGCCCCGUUGACCCAGACGUCAUCGACAUCAGCUCCUCUGACGAAGACCUCAACAUACGACCUCCGAACCGAGGUCCGAAGGCCAAGGCUGCAGAUAGAGACGUGCCUUCGCCUAAGAAACGCGCGAAGAAGACGCAUAUACCCGUCGACAUCGCCUUGGAUGAUACCAGUUCCGCGAUCAUACCCAUUGCUACCUCCGACUUGAGUUCCCAGCUACCCCCAUCUGACCCACCGCUGUCUACCCCUCUGGAAUCGACACCGGCGAAUGCGCGACCGAUGAUCGGCUCGUCCCCACUCUCCUCCCCUCUACCUCCACCACCGCGUCCACCGAAGCGCAAGCGUAAAACACUGCCUGAGCUACCAAACGACUCAGAUGACGGAGACAGCGUUAAACAUCGAGGAGCGCUACGGAAGGAAGAUUCGGGGCUUGCGAUGCCCCCACCGCCCCCGCCGUUCUUCGCAGGAUCAUCAUCGUCAUCAUCCGCGCACGUUUCCGACACGCUCGUCGAAACAUUAUCGUCCACGCGUGCCUCCGACGGACCCGCCGCCCCCAAGUCCGCCAAAGCCAAAGGCAAACGGAAGGUGAUAGAUGACGACGACUUUGAGGACGACUGGCCGAUAGACCCGCCCAUAAAGCCGAAGCCCCGACAACGGAAGAAGUCUACCGAUGAGGACGACUGGCAGGGCGACGAGGUGCCGAAGCCCGCGCGCAAGUCGCGCAAAUCGGCGGCGGACGAGGAAGACGAGGGGGAAUGGGCGGGUGACGCGCCGCCGAAGCGCAAGCCGCGUGCGCCGCCAAAGAAGAAGGGCAAAAAGGACGGUGUGCCGAAGCAGGUGGUGGAGGUUGUGAUUGAGCAGACUAGGGGAGGACGGAAGGGCAGAAAGGGCAAGAACGAUCCGCCGCAGUCAGUCGAAGAUGUCGCGCGCAAUACGGACGUUGUGCAGGGACGCGCCUCUGUAGAUCCCGACGCUGCGGUGCCUGAAGAUUUGGCUGGUGCGAAGGACGGCUUAUCGCCUCUCAGCGACCUCGAGGUUGAGUCUGGGACAGGGAAUAAGCAGGUUGCACGACAGAGCACGCCUCCACCCGUUUCCAAGCCGUCCAUACCUGUCCUACGAGAUGGCGAGUCUAUCCUCAACUCUCCACGCUCCAAGAGCAAGGCCAAAGGCAAGAAGAGGGCUAUCAUGGACUCCGACGAGGAAGAAAACAACGACGGCGAGGAGCCAGGCUCUCCUCCCAAGAAACCUCGGCGUGAGCCUACCAAGGGCCGGAAGUCUGCACCUGCGGCUUUGGAGCAGGAGAACGAGGAUCAGGAAGAUGAUGAGCCUGGGAGCUCGCACAGGGUAAGGUUCCGCCACGUCAUUGAGUUCACCUAG